AUGGACAAACGUCGAUCCGUCGAUGGAAAUCUACAUGAACAUGCUCUGCCGAUUCCAGUGCAGAUGUUCUUAUGGAGACAGUUGAGACCAUUCAUUCGUGCAAAACUUGGCAAACUUCACGAGGCAUCCUGCACGUUCUGUCAACACGCGCCAGGCCAUCAUGAGACGAAGGAAGCUUGCACGUCCCUCGAAAAAGUGUUGGUUCAGGAUCUGCACAAUGAUCUAACACCCUCUUUGAGCCUGAUACUGGGCAAGGUGCCACGAUGGCGUUUGAUUCAAGCCGCUCUCCCUUACAUUCUCCAUGCCACAGCCAAUCUGCUGCACAAUAGGAAGGACUUUCAAAGUCUCGGGGCCAUGGAAACGACGCUUCUUUAUAUUCUUCAUUGGAUACUUCUCGACGCUGCUGAAGAAUGCUCGGAGCAUGAUGCUGAUUCUGGAAAUCCCUUUUAUUAUGUGUUUCCUAUACCUACUAUGACUUUGUUCGUUUAUCUGUUCGCACCUUUGUGCAAUCAUCUAAAGGACAUCGACUUCAAAACGAAUUUACGAUUGGAGAACGGUUUGAAAAUAUGGUCGGCUAUGUACGAAUGUCGUCAUCCGGAUACGCCAUGCUUUACUACGCAUUGUCGGAUCAAGCCACAAGUUUUAUGGAGUCGGUCUUUUAAGUCUUCCAAAGUACAUCAAAUGUCCGAUGAUGUAUUUGUCGGAGGAAAUGUGGAAAGUCCACCCAGUCAAUCAGUUAGCGCUGUUUCGGAACAAAGCGUUGAUAAAAUGUCGUCAAAGCAGCUGGACGAUGAUAAUACGUGGGUGUCGUCGCCAAAGGACACAAUAUUUCCAGAAACGAUUCCAGAAGAGAGUUCUGGUGCCGAAGACGAGCACGUAGUAAUCUUCAGGUUGCCGUCCCUUAGCGAAUCAGAAAAAGCACUCGACGGGGGCGAAGCUAGUAUUUUUCAUGUAGCUAUGGGGAAGACAACCGGUUUUUCGAAAUUAACGAUAGAACAAGUUACAGCGAUUUCAGCAUUCGACUCUUGCAGACAGUAUCCUCAAAAGCCUAUAAGCAUGGGAAGCACCGAGAAAGAGAAAGAAGAUCACAAGACCGAAAAGGAAACACAGGAUACGAAAGCGAAAACUUCUACAACGCAGAAAGGUCCUGGUGAUUCUGCUGCAGGAUUAACAAGCAGCUGUGCUGCUAUCGAAGCAGAUGUUCGAGCUGCUACUUUUCUUGAUGUAGCUGUUCUGAGAUGUCUUUUUGUUCCACAAUGGCAAGAGGAAGGAGUUCAUUGGGCUCUACAGUUUUUGUACCAACGUUUACGUAUGAUCAACGAAGAAAUAUCAGUGCAACAAAUGCCACGUCGUCGCAGCAAUUCUUUACCAAUUCCAAAAAUUGAAGUAUCAAUUUAUCAAAGUCCUGAGAGCAAGAAAAAAGACGUGGCGAAAGAUUUCAUGGAAGUUCCAGAAGUUCGAGACACGUCCUUAUUAAGUGGUCAUGACGUCGAAUCAAGUCAUACGAGACGAGCCAGCGAGAAGUCUAAGAAGAGAAUGAAAAUGGCUGACCUGAAAGCGUUCGUUGAAACAAAAUUGCUAUCAAAGUCGGAGAAGGCACUUGAGAAAAUUGGUCAGGAAGAACCGAAGAUGCUUUUUGAUCAGGAGAGCCACCGAAGUCUGGACACAGGCGACAAUCACUUAACGAGACCAACAUCCACCAUUUCGAAAAUUUUCGAGGCAAAAGAUGUCGAUCACAUGAAACAUCCGACGAAUUUAAUAAAAGGAAAAAGCAUGCCGAGUUUAAGGUACGUUGGUGAUACCCGUAUCGAGCGGAAACAAAGUCGAUUUUAUAGUCAAUCGUACACGGCCCCGAACCCCAUCAUCACCGUUACGGAACACACGCCUGCUCCAUCACCAGACUUCAUGAAACGGCAGGGUUCCAUCGACAGUCAAUUAGACAUUAUUAGCAUGCACGGCAGCCGUUUAGAUUCGGAAAGGAAACCAAGCCUUACAAGAUCACAAACAGAUUCUAACAUCACUUAUGCUAGCGAUGAAAUACCGGAAGCGCCGGGAUCCUCCAGUUAUAUCACCAAAGAAGGCGAUAUCGACCUACAAGUGGUCUUAAAAGCUGUACAUUCGGUUGCUUUACGUGACAACAACUGCUGUACGUUACGUGUGUGUGAAAAUAUUUUGAAUUUGGUGGAACUUUUGAUGGAUAUGGGAGUAAUGAAACAGUGUCUUCGUGAAGAAAUUAUGGGCAGUAUAGCAGAAUCAACAACGGUGGUCGACAAACCAGAAGGCGUUAAAAAGAAAGAUUCCGCAGAAAACGAGCAAGAGUACCGACAAGAUCCUCCAGAGAAGAACAAAUUUUCAUCCCAUAACCUGUUAAUGAGCUGCGUGGUCAGAGUUGUGAAGCAUCUGGGUUGUCCUCACGGUUGCUCAGAAGGCAUACGUGGAGCACAGGCAGAUUUCUGUCGUUCUCAAGCACAAACAAUCCUGAACAAACUUCAUCGUGCCAGUUCGAAGCAGUUUUCACGAUUCCUGCGAUCGAUGAUGCGAGAACAACCGAUACCGGAGAUUCUGGAGUUCUUUCACGCAUUCGUUGGAUUCUGCUUGGAUCCAAAUCAGAAACGAGGGUCCAGUAAGUCACCAGAUAUGGGAACGCAGGGAUACGCGACGAAUUUUGGCGCUAAUUUAAUGGGAGCAACCAUGUCUGGAGGUACAGGCGGUUCGAAUGUGACUGGGACCUCGGGAAAUAUGGCCGGAACGGCGGGUGGGACUGCAACUGCAGCUUACGGCCUUGGCACUCACAGCUCUAGGGGUAUAGAAGGCAACAUUUUCAAUUGCGUGUUCAAGACGUUGGUUACACGCUUUGUGAAGUCGAUCAAAGAGUUGAAGUCUCAAGAAAAUUUAACUUUGUACUGCGAUCUUCGGCAGUUCAUGUCGUAUGUGAAGGAGGUGCACGGAGGGGUAUUUCGCCGGGUUGCCCUAAGUGGAAUAUUAGAUUCUGCUGAUAGACCUAAUAAACGGUGCAACAGUAACGUUCAAACCACUCGUGUUAUCAGACACAUACAAUCAAAUUUAGAAGUGCACGCAGAUAUUGGGGGAGACACCUGUUAUACUGUAGACGAUAGAGGAACUCGAAAGUUUCUUUUCAAGAAGCGCAGCACAUCAUCAACCUGUGCAAGUCUUCUCGAAACAGAAUUGAGCGAAGAGAACGCAAAAGUUAGCCAAAGUCCGCUCGGUAAUUUGAGAAAGAAGCAUCACAUACUAACUCCGAGACAGAGCGAACGGAAUUUAGGAAUUGAUUCUUUGAAUUCUGGAAAGAUUCGGAAAUCGACUCGUUUUCAAAUUGGUGGCAUAGUAAAUUGGUUCCGAAAAGAGUACGGUAGAACUGAUUCUACUGACAGUCACGAAAGCAGUGAGUCACCAACAGAUGGUAGUUUUGUUAGACAAUCCAGUUUUCAUUAUGGACACCAUCGUAGUGCAUCCAGAUCAGGACGUGGUGUUGGCCUAACUCUACAGAAAGCAAAACGCAGAAUGCAAGAUCAGCUGAUCAAUAUCGGUUUUGGAAAGAGUAAGAAAAAGGAAAGUCUGGAAGAAGCACCAGGAAGUUAUUUCAGCAGAAGAAAUUCUAUGGAUUUCGGCGAAGCGUCAAGGGAGUCAGAAUUCGUGGUCUUGAAAGAAAGAAGACUUGUACCUCGUAAUGCAGUUUUUGAUGGAAUGCUGAGAUUCUCGUUUUUAUUGGAAACUUGUCAACCUGGUUCGGUUCCUGAUCACUAUUUAAUGGCGGCAAUUUUAGAUCUUCCUUACGCCCCUGUAGUCGCCAGAGCGUGUCUACUAUUAGAAUGUGCACAUUUCGUGCAUCAAUGUAAUAAAGGACAAUGGCCAACCUGGAUGAAAAUGAAUUUUCCCAUGUUCCGUCCAUCAAUGCCCAUAAAUAAUCGAAAUGCAACCACGGUGCUCAGCCGAGUUCAUGUGCUGCAACGUACUGCUGGCAAAUUGUUCUAUCAAUGGGCAGAGGCUCUUGGUGCACGACUGGAGGAAUUGUUGUUGGAAGACAAGCAGAAUGUUGAUCAAGUGAUAGCAAUGGUGUCCGAUGAAAGCAAACAACGAGAUUUAGUCACUCAGGAUGAAGAAGAGGACUUUCUUGACGAAGCUAGCAUAAAUGGUUAUGGAUCACAAUGUCCAAUGGCGCUGCGCUCAGUCGCCUGUAUUCUACUCUUGGAAGUAACAGCCUUUUUAAGAGAAACCUACCAAACUUUACCAAAGUUCAACAAACUUUUAACGAAAGAACGUCCACCUCCUUGGGAACGCAUGUACAGCAGGGAAGCAAAUCGAAGAUGGAGUAUGGCGCUCUCCUCGAUGGGUCAUUCUCAAACAUCAGCACAGAGUUUGCAAUCCAUUGUAGGCGAUCGUGAGGUAGCUCCGGAACGCAAAAUUAGUUUCGUCCUGUACGAGCCAGACAACGAAUCGGAAGGUAGCAGCAAGUCAACGGUUACGAUUCAAGGAGAAGAAUUUCAGAAUAUGGAAAAGGAGAAGGCCAAACGCGUGCAACCACCCCAAGCUCGACCUUUUCUCCUUCGUCGUGGUACCGCGGAAAAUGCGAGUGGUUCCUUCAAAAAGAGAAGUCUGAAACUUCGACGUGGUACUAAAGAGGGCAAGGAUACAGAAUGCGAGGCUUAUACAGUAAAACGAGCGGAUUCAAUCCAAUCAAAAAGAAAAGUGAGUUCACUGUCAGACAGGAGUGACACUUCCGAACCCGGUUUUGGUGGUGAGAUUAGUGGAGAAGAAUCACCAGGAAUACUAAUAGACGAUCAACCUCCAGAGAGUCCAUGCGACAGUAACGAAACGGACGAAACUAACAAAAAUUUUCCAUGGAUGAAGGUGUUGGUGCAAUUCGCCAAUUCGUUCAACUUCUACUGUUCCCAUCAGAACUUUUGUCAUCCGUAUUGCCAUCGACGACAAAUGAGAGCCUGCAGCAGACUAAUCAAGUCCGUGAGGAAGAUUUAUGGAGAAGAAUUCGGGAUUCUGAACGGCACGGGAAUGUUCGACUUUGAUACUGAUAAGAAGGAAGGCGGUAAGAAGGAUAAACGUAGUCGGAAAAUUUCGGAGCAAGCUAGUACUCAAGUCUCACCCGUGCGGAGGAAGGACAGUGUCGGGAAAAAGUAUAAGAUCGAGAAGAACAUGGAUGGCUCCCAGUCCUGCAGAAUGACUCAACGCGACUCAUCGAAAGACUUAGCGGACCAAGAUUCAGAGAAAGGGAAGGAGUCAUCCAAAAAAUCCGGAGACAGCGACAUAGAUCACGAAAAUCUAGCGAUCCUGAAGUACUUGAAGACUCAGGUGAAGGACGUCUUCCACGCGCCGAUGGCUACCUUGGUCAAAGGAGCAGUUGUGAUGACGGAGGAGUUGUUCGUCGACGUUUUACCUGUCGCUUGGGAACUGUUAUUGGAAUCCAAUCAAGAAGUUGCAGCUUCUGCAGCGUCCCUCUUCAUAGUUGGAGCUGUACGAGCUCCGAGUCAAGCUAGCGAACUGAUGCAUCAUGGACUUCAACAUAACAGCCCGAGUGUGAGAAUAAACGCCAUUUUGAGGUUUCAAGUUCUAUGGAAGCUGAGGUACCAGGUUUGGCCACGAAUGGAGGAGAACGCUCAUUUGACCUUCAAAGUACCUCCACCAGGUAUAGAAUUCACGUUGCCGUCGCCUAAGAUUGGUAUCGAGUCGCUGCCCGUUGUGGAUCCGCCAUGGAUGCCGCAGGUGAAGACGAAAGUGGAGGAAGUUACCAUCAAUCAGGAGCAUCAUAGGUCGCUGGUGACGGCUACAAAAACUCGUAAGAAGCAACAAACGGAACUGAUAAAGAAGGCUUUACAGGCACAAGACGACAAGAAACGCGAAGAAAGAGAGAACUUUUUAAUCACUACUAUACCGAUUACCGUGCAAGCUGCGUACGAACCGAGUCCUGUGGGCGACGACCAUGAUGAAGGAAACGUUGGAGACGAAGAUGGCGGCGAAACAAUACCAAGGAAUACGUCUCAUCACAGCCAAUCGGCGCCAUCAUUAUUUCCUUCCUCUUUAUGCUCGGCGAUCGUACAGAUCAUCAAUUUGCUUGAUGAUGCUGCUGUUUCAGACGAUGGAAGCGCUGUUUACGAAGUUGCAUAUCAAGUGAUUUGGAAUUGUUUGGUUGAAGACAGUGCUCUAUUUCUUCGUUACGUUUUGGAACGUCUCACCAGAGACAAACAAGAAUUGAUGUUUAAAAUCUUGAGACAUCUCAUUCGAUUUGUACCAAAGCUACCUCAACAAGCUGCUUUCGCUUUGUACAAUUACAUAAUCGGUUAUGUUAUGUUUUACGUGCGUUCCCCUCAUGAGGAGGGACAAAAAUUAAUUGGAACCGCACUUUCGAUACUGUGGAUGGUUGUGCAUAGCGUACACGGGAUAAUGUUUAAAGAUUUAAAGCAGAUUUUACGAAAAGAACAAUGCGAUGCUUCUAUUUUAUUAACCGCUAACGUACCAUCGGCGAAAAAGAUUGUAGUUUAUGGUCCACAAGAUCCGGACUCUGGAGGCAUUCCUUUACACUUUCCAGUACAAGAAGAUACGCAGUUCGGCCAAAUACUUAGAGAGUCCUUGAGCUUUUACAAUAUCGAAGAGAAUAAACAACAAGAAUACUUUCUUGUUGAUUAUAAAACACAUCAAAUUCGCAAUCCCUCGUCGUACGCCCGCGAUUAUUAUUUCUUCAAAGGAAAAUCACAAUUUUCUGAAAUUAUAUUAGUUCACAUGAAGCAAGACGAAGCAUUCAACGCAUUACAACGACAAGAAUUGGUUCAUAAAUUCGUUGAAAUUGGAAAAGUUCUAUUAACGUGGGCAAUUUUGAAAAAUGUCGACAUGGUAGUGCAAAGGGUGGUCUUCCUACAUGAAGAAUUAAUGAAGUUGCCCUCGUUUCCACGAAGAGCUCUGGAAGCAGACCUAGAUUUGUAUAAAGGCGGGGAAAUUGGCAGGGAACUUCUCGGUCUUGACGUGAUGCACAAAUUCAUGUGGGUCAGACUGAUCGCAAGAAUGUUCGAAGCAAUGGCCGGCAAUUUCGCAUACUCCGGAGACAUCCAUCUUUUCCUAAACGUUUUAAAUGGCGCUGUUAUCCUGCACAGCGAGGAUUCUUGUAUCUUGCGUUACGUUGUCGCUACGUACAUAAACGCGGCGCAUAAUUUCAAAAAUAUUUUCUCGACGAACGGUUAUUUGUUGAUUAUACCGACCUUGUUGCAAUUGUACUCGACCCAUCAGACGAAUAAAUUGGUUACAACUACCGUAGAGUACGCUGUGAAACAAUUUUAUCUGAUGAAUCGAAAACCGUUCAUUCUUCAGAUGUUUGGGAGUGUCUCUACUAUAUUGGACACGGACGAAACGAGCGAUCACGGAGAGGCUCAUAAGGUUCCCUCAACCUGUCUAUUCAAUUUAUUACUGAGCCUCGAAACGCCAUCACCGGAUCCUUUGAACAUAGACGAGUUGGUGAAGGAGGAAAAGCCUCUAAAAGCCAUCGAUUUUUGUUAUCACGAUGAGAACGAAAUGGUCACGGUAUUAGAUUGCAUAUCUCUUUGCGUGAUGGUGAUAGCUUAUGCGCCAGAUUCAGUUAGGGGGCAACAAAUGCUGAUUACGUUGGAAGCAAUAUUACCGUGUUACGUUCAGCAAAUUCAAUCUCCAACUUAUAACAAGGAGGGGAAAACUGAGAAGGAGAUAAUACAUCAAUUGGCUGUUGCUGUUAAAACGUUGGUUAAUAAUUCGGAGGCACUUACUAAGUACUACAACGGUCCCCAAAAAUCAAGUCCCGAACACAAAGGCUCCAGUCAAAGAAAUUACGGCAAAGGACCAUAUUCACCUGGUUUCGAUUUCGAUGAUGAACCACAUACCAAAUAUCUGGAGCACACGAAGGUGCGAAACAUUUACGAUCGAGAUAACGAAGCUAGCGAAAGUUGUCACAAGAAUGAAUUUCGUCGACCACGAGAUACAUUGUUAAACAUGGUAGGAGAUUUCGUAGUACGAUGCUCUACUCGUUUGACAGAAUUGAACAAGAAGUCUCAGGAUGGGAAGACGAUCGAAUUACUGGAUUCAAAAUGUCAUAUACGAUUAGCAGAUAUAGCGCACAGUCUCUUAAAAAUAUCACCGUACGAUGCAAGCACGAUGGGUUGCCGCGGUUUGAGACGAUACAUGAAUGAUAUUCUACCGUCGACCGAUUGGUCCAGCGACGAUAUGAGGCCGGCUUUGACAAAUAUUUUAAGGAGGCUCGAUAAAACGUUUAGCAAGAUUCAUAAGAAAGCUUCGAUCAGAAGAAACACCGAUUGGACCGCUGCAAAUGACCUUUUGAAAGGAGUUUACGAAACGUUGGCCAGAUGUCCUUAUAUUGCACACUUCCAGAAUUUGAAGACAUUACUAACUACUUGUCAGUCAUUAAUUAUUGGAGAUACCCCACCGGAAGAUAUGCCAUCAGCUUCCUCAGCGGCUUUAAUGAGCAAAAUACCGCCACAACAUUUUUGCUCGACGGUUCUUCGCCUAAUAGCGCUUUACGUUAUAUCUCUUGGCGAGGGAUACCUACACGCCAUGUUUACAACUCAAACUCGAAUCGAGAAUAUGUUACUUAAUUUACUGAUACCGUUGUUCUUACGUGUGGGAACUGGACGAAAAGAUGUACCAAAGCUGAGGCAGUCGGACAUAAAUUUUGCUCUGACAGCCGUGUUAAAUACUUUAUGGCCACCAACAACUAAAACAAUACCAAUUACAACACAAAAUCUAAAAACUACGACGGAUGUUAGAGCAGGUAGUUUAACGUUUGUGGCGAGGGAUUCAAAGACUUCGACGAAAAUGUCGUUGACGUUGUAUCAAGUUGCCUUUCUGGCACUGAAAAUAAUGACGAUAUGUUUCGAAACGGAAUUGAAGACCGAAUGGACAAAAAUCUUACGCACAAUGCGUUUGUUAAACAAACGAAACGAAGCUUCCACGUACUUGUGGAACUUUAUUGAAUUCGUGGUGACACAUCGUACAGCUUUGUACAUUCAAAUGCUUCCAUUUAUCGUUCACAAGAUUGGCCAGGCACCGAUUUCAGAACACGAGAGAAACAUGCAGAGUAUCAUACGUUCAAAAAUCAACGGCGAUACCAAAACCGUGCCAAAGUCUCGCGGUACUCUGCUGACUGAUCUCAUACACGAAUUGAAGGAUCUGAAGGAAGAGAUAGAAGACCGAAAAUUCGAUGAAACACAGCCCGAGCCAAAAAGGAGUGUCGCAGACAUGCACUCCAUACCCGAAGGAGCACCCCGCACGCAAAGAUUAUCAUUAAUCGAUCGUUUGACUGGAGAUCUCGGAUCUAGGGGUCAUAUGAAUCACCAAUCGAAUUCAAGUAGCACAGUGAAAACAACGCAAGCCAGUCAAGUAUCGACACCGCCAAACGGUAUACAAACAGCACGCGGAUCAAGCACAAGCGGAGGAUCCUCGACUCUCCGCGAGGCCAGCGAAGUUGGCGUCGGCGAACAACAAACAGAACAACAAGCAGCGCCAGAUAGAUCUCAACCAUCUUCUACUAACGAUGAACGUAACCAUGUAAAGCCUCAUCCUAUAUUAACUCAUCAAAAGGCGCCAAAACUGCGCUUUCUCUCUUCUGUAGAGUUUAGGCACUCAUCAGGGGAGACCAUGACGAGUCAACUGAGCCCAACCAGUCCAAACGAGGACAGCUCAGGCGAAUGUCGUCCAGACAAACCUAGAUUGCAACGAUCUAUGGGUCAGAGCAAGAAGACUUUUAGGUUGAGAAAAAGUCGAAGAACACAUUUGGAGAUGUCCCAAAAGACAGACUCGAUAGACAACGGCUCGCAAGUGCAAGCUCAGCCAUCAGUCCUAACGCCCCCAACGCCCAUAAUGGAUCCAUCGAGCUUCAGCAUCCCUUCCGAUUCUUCGUCGAUUCGUUCUCGACGUAGUUCGUCGAUCCGCCAAUCAGACGGCGAGAAGGGUAAUAACCUAACAGGCGAACUACACGGUGGUCUGCACCACCAUCACCAUCACCACCACCACCACCACCAUCUCCACCUGCAAACGUCGGACGUAUCCUGGGACGAGGACACAUCCAGCACUUCCGGAUAUCGUGAAUCGUACAGCAUGCAAUUGGUGUCUUUGGAAAGCAACAACAACAACGCACGCUCGGUUCAAGCGCCGCCUCUGGCAUCGCCAGAUUUGAACGACAUGCCUUCUACGAGCAGCACCACGACUCACGUGUUCGAAGGAAGUUCGCCGGAUUGUUCCAUAAACGGAAGCGGAGGGGAAAAGACGGCGUUGUUGACCUCCAGUCAGAGGACGACCUCUCAGCAUUCUUUACUGAUGGUCUUCCCGAAUCAGGAUGAGGACACGCUGAUUUAGAGGCGGUUAACGGGGGUUUGCAAUUUAGUUUUUCAGGAGGAGACUGAUUAAGAACCUUUAGUUGCUAACGGGCUCUGGUACAUAUCUAUUUCACUUUGUUACUAUUUUUAAGUGGUCCUGGUUGAUUUGUGUUGGGGA